AGAAAAACAAAGAAAGGGAAAAAGAAAAAGAAAACAAAGAAAAAAAAUGAAAGUAAGAAGAUACAUAUUAAGAAGAAAAAAAAUCUCAUGUAACCCCUUCAUGAUAACAAGAUGUACCAUAUAGGCUCCUCAGGUUCAUCCCGGUGUGAGCUCAGUUCUUGGGUCGCCAUGAAACACACAGUGGCCCUGCUUAUUGCCCUCUCCCUAGCCUCUGCUGGCAUACCCCGGGACCAGAGAAUACCACGGCGACAGGUUACGGACGCCCUCACAUUAAACAAUGGCUUGAGCUGGGGUGACUGGGGACCCAUUGAGUACUGUAAGGAUGGGAGCUUUGUCAGUGCAUUUCAGGUCAAGUUCGAGCCGUACAGCCUGAUCGACACAGACGAAACAGCUGUCAACGCCGUCCGCCUCUACUGUAGUACGCUCGACCACAUCACCACAGGCUAUGUCUAUUCCGUCGAGGGAAAGCACGGGGAAUGGCAAAACAUCAGGUCCUGCAGCUCUGGCUUCGUGACGGGCAUGCGAGCCAACGUUCUUGAGCCGCAGGGAGCUUUGGCCGACGACGUGGCAGUGAAGAACGUGCAACUUGCAUGCGAUGAAGGGAAGGAGGUCAUUACUGGCGUCAUCGAGGAGAAGAUUCCCGACGGAGAAUGGAGUUUUUGGUCCCGUUGCAGUUCUGGGUCAGGAGUGUGUGGUAUUGAGAUUCGCUACGAGGACGCUGGCCUUGGCGACGAUACAGGAGUGACAAACCUUGCAAUGUUUUGCUGUGCCUUCAACGGAACGAGGGCACACUGAGGCUCUUGUGGACAGAUGAUUUUGUAAUUUACUAAAAGCAAUUUUAUCGGAUUAUACAAAAAAGAAGAGAGAAAAAAAAGGAAAAAAAAAAU